GGAAAAGUUACAGUAGUAAAACCCUUGAGUAGCUUCCAGCAGUGGUCAAAGAAGAAGAAGAAAACGACGAUCAACAAAGCCAGUAGUUUGCUAAGUCAUUAGAGUGUUCGCCAGUUAACUGCUUUAAAAUGGAUAACACGCAAGAAACCAAGGUUCUCUUGAAGCUUUGGGUGGAUGGAAAGAAAAAUCAGUUAGUUGCAGCUGAAUCCGGAGUAGAUUUCAUGGACAUACUUGUUAGCCUUCUCACUUUACCACUGGGAAUGAUAAUGCGACUCACUAAAGCAGAAGCUGGAGCUGUUGGUUGUAUGAACAACUUGUACCAAAGUGUUGAAAACCUUGACGAGGAAAAUCUGUUUGCAGAGUAUUGCAAAACCCUGCUGCUAAAUCCAAGGAAUCCCUAUCCAAAGUAUUGCAUGAAGUUGAAAGUUAAAUUGGAUGAUUCAGACUUCGAGAAGUAUUAUCAGUGCUCAAAUUGCUCAUUUAAGAGCUAUUUCAUGAAUGUAAAGUGCCAAUGUGGAGGGAAGACUAAUAAAGAGCAGUUUUUGAAAGAUUCAGUUGAAAAUAAUUGUCGUGAUAAGUAUGUAUUUCUCAAAGGAGGGAUAUCAUUUCUAAUCACUGACGAUUUGCAAUUCAAGUGUGCUUCUCCAAGCUCUCUUGUUCAGAUGCUUUCUAAUGUUGGCCUGAGUGAUAUGAAUCAAAUCGGGGAGAUGCUUGUAGAAGUUGGCAAGAAUGAGGUAAUUCGUCUACUUGCACGUUCAUUGAUCUCAAAGACUCCCUUGUCUGAUGUGUUUCUGCCCAAGCAAAAACAAAAAAGAGCAAGAGUAGACACUAUCUCAAUGUCCGAGUUUGGAAUUUUGUCGUCCAUUUCUGAAAAUGGAGCCAGUAAUAACACCAACAACAUAGAGCUGAAGAUAACACUAAGGAAGUCGACAAACAAGGUCUUGUGUGCAGAGGCAGGCACUGAAUUCAUUGAUUUUCUCUUCAACUUCUUGACCAUUCCCUUAGGAUCAAUUGAAGAUGCUCUAAAAGGGAGUUCUGGUUGGGAUCCAUAGAUAACUUGUACAAAAGUGUGGAGGCUUUAGAUUCGAAAUGGUUCAAUACAUAUGCAAAUAAAAGUGUUUAUGGAAGUACGGGGAAUCACAAUCUUAAGAGGAUAUUACUCAAGCCUGGUAUUGCCCCUUACCAUAAGUCUGAGAAUCAGCUACUGCAAAUUGGAACUGCAGAAACUUACGUAUUUGACCCAAUGGACCCUUUAAGGAGUAGUUUUCAGUAGGGGUGACACUUUGAGCCCAAACCCAUCUAACCCGCCCAACUAGCUCCGAGAUUAAUGAGAUGGGUUACAAACAUUUUAGCUCAUGGGUCAAUUUGGGUUGACCCCAAGUUAACCCAUUAUUUUUUAUAGCCCAUUCUGACCCAUUUAACAGCCCAAAUACAACCCAUGAAACUCACCAAAAACAACGGAUCUCAAUCUAACUUAUCUAGAAAUUUACUUAAUUGUCCCAAUUUUUUUAUUUUUUGUAUUUUUAAUUUCCUGUUCUUUUGUUUUUCUACACCACCCACCCCACCCACCCCCUACCCUCGCGCAAAACCCCAAAAAAAGUUUUACUUUUUAUUUUUAUUUUUAAAUUUUUGUUUUUUGUUUUUUAGUUU